GGAGGUGUGGAUACGACGCAUGCGCACUGUGUCCACAACUAUCCAGUCCCGUCCACAGGCGCAGACAUCAACAAGGGGAGCGGGGUUUUUUUUUACUGAUGCGGGUUGAUUUUCAUAAUACUCACAUCGUAACGAGGCGCUAUAAGGACUAUUACUUUGUAUCAGCUUCACGCAACUUGCAAUAAGAUGUUUGGCUUUCAUAAGCCAAAAAUGUACAGGAGUUUGGACGGCUGCUGCAUCUGCCGGGCAAAGUCUUCAAGCUCUCGUUUCACGGACAGCAAGCGGUAUGAGAAAGACUUCAGGAGCUGUUUUGGACUGAGUGAAACGCGAUCUGGAGAAAUCUGUAACGCCUGUGUGCUCCUGGUGAAACGAUGGAAAAAGCUACCGGUGGGAACCAAGAAGAACUGGAACCAUGUUGUGGAUGCCAGAGGAGGUCCCAGCCUAAAGAUAACUUCCAGGCCCAAGAAGAUAAAGUCCAUCUCCAAGAAAGCGCGACCGAGUCAGAUCAGCAGGCUGCAGAAAGAGCUGAAAAGAAACAAUUCAGAUGCCCACAGCACCACCUCCAGCGCCUCUCCUGCUCAGUCUCCGAGCUACAGCAACCUGUCAGACGACGGCUCAGACACAGAGCUCAGUCCGGGAUCCAGCCGCUCCCCGGUUUUCUCAUUUCUGGACCUAACAUACUGGAAGAGGCAGAAGGUGUGCUGUGGAAUAAUCUACAAGGGACGCUUCGGGGAGGUGCUCAUCGACCCCCAUUUGUUCAAACCGUGCUGCCGCAACAAACAACGGCAGCAGCAGCAGCAGCGACAGGAGGAGGAGGAGGAAGAGGAGGAGGAUGAGGAAGACGAGGAGGAGGAGGUGGAAGUAGAGGAGAGCCAGGUGGGCGUGGGCGUGGGUGUCGGCGGGCAGAAAUCCCAGACGGAAGAGGAAGUGAAGGAGACGCCGACGUGUGAGGAAAACGCGGAGCCUGCUCAGCUAUGCGUUACCGUGACAACGCCUACGGUGGAGGAAGGGUGGUGAAGUCAAACACAUUGCACACAUCUCUGAAGAAAUCUUGGGGUGCUGUUGUUUUGGUUGUUUUUUUGUUUUCUCUCUCUCAAGCACUUACAGAAAGAAGUUGCCUCAGAUUGCCUUCAAUCAUAAAGCAGCUGUAAAUCCUUCGGUCUUCUCCGUAAUAAUGUUGGAGGUUCGUUUUGUUAUUUUUAAACGGUAACUUAAGGAUUGUUGUAUUUCCACUUUGUCUCUUUUUUUUUUGUAUUUAAUAUUCUUACCAUCCUGACGAUGGACCAUCAUCUGUGGUGUUUUUUGAUGGACUUUAGAUGAAAUGCUGGAGCUCUAGUUUGCUGGUACAUUUUACAAGAUUUUAUUCCAAAACGCAAUAGAUCCACUUACUUACAGAAACAAAACAAAAACAGAAGGUGCUACUUGAAAUUCAUUACUCAACAUUUUUCAGCAGAUUCAACUCAUUCUCAAUGCGGAUAUUGUAUGAGCAUAUACUGUAUGUUAAGAAGACUAAUAUACUGAGAUUCAUUUUGCUUUGUUCAUUAGGAAGUAGACAGCUCUUCUUUUCUUUUUUCUUUUUAAAUGGUGGAUAUCUCGUUUUGGAAUGAAUGACACUUUACAUUGACAGAGCACAGACCUGUACAGUAUCCCUUGUGUUUGUGUCUAUUCACAUUGACAUCCACUCCUAUCAAAGAGUUUGUGUUUGUAGACUGGAUUAGUGUCUCUGUGUGCAAAUACGUAUGUGGGUCCCAUUUAAAUAAGGCCUAUUCACAGCUUCAACAGCAAAUACACCAGCCUUAAUUAUGUGUUACAGACAGCACUAGUGUUAAUUCUGGAUUGGUAUUAAGGAACAAAAAAGGGACAGUAGCUAUAUUUAUUGUGGCCUCAGCAACACAUAGUGCAUUUUUUGCAUGAAUGGCAAGCCCACUCAUUCAAAAGACCUAAUGAUCUGAUGCAUGAGUCUACUAAAAUUGCAUGGCCUUAUAUAAACUGUAAAUCUUACUUUUAUUUUUUGGAUCCAUUUUUCUGAAGUUUUAACUUAUUUUUAUAUGUAAAAAAAAAGAAAAAACAGAAAAAGGAAAAACAAAAGUGUCUUUGCAUAAUAAUACCACACAAAUACAACAGCAAAACACACAAUCGGUCUAUAGUCAUUCAGCAAUAUCAGUAUCAGUGAUUUCCGUCAUUCCCGGGUCAGUGUAUGGUAAAAUACUUUAUACAAACUGAAAUUCUAUGCCAUUGCCUCUUAUAUACCACAAAUGUGUUGUGAUAUAUAUAACCUAAUAUUACUUUAUUUAUCAAAUUAAAGCCAAAGCACAUUGAAAUUCACCCAAUGUCAAAUCAAUGCAGGUUUUCUAUGGACACUUGUGCUUGUCCGAGGUCAUUUGUAUGUAUGUUUAUGGUAUUUUAAAAAGAACACUAAUAUGAAAUUUCAUACAUGUGAUGUUGUAGUUGGGAGCAGAGGGUGUGUUUUGUACAUAGGGGCUGGGUGAGCCACGUGGCUCUCGGGUUUCAUUAUUUAUUUAUUUCAUAUUUAUUUGUAUCACUGCAUCCCUGCUUAGAAGUGUAAUACUAUGAAUUUUUUUUCAUCUUUAAGCUUAUACGUAGUAUGGUUUUGUACAUCAGAAAUCGAUGUAAUUCUCACGCAGGCUUUGUUUAACACUGCGUUGAAUUACUGGAUGUCAAUAUUUGUGAAACGUUAAAUAUUUAUUUACUCAUCAGUUGAGUUGCGUGCAACCUAACUUAUUCUGUAUCAUCACUUUGGAUCUGUAUCAUGUAGACUGAAACGAAUGAUAGAUUGCAACCAAACUGUGCUUUUUGCCCUUUUAGCCUGUAGCUUAAAAAACGUUACAGAACAGUAGGAUACCUAACUCUAGACUUGCAUGUACUGUUGCUAUGCAUUUACUUAGCUUACAAGUUAGACAAAGCGGUUUUGUAUUUUUUAUACAUCAUGUACUUUUUUUACAUGUCCCUUAAUAAAAGUAAUUUUGUGAGUUUUUCUGGAA